AUGAUUAAUUCAACAACCUCAAGAAUCCGUGACGACAAUGAAGAUUAAAAUCAUCGCCUCAAAAUUCUUGAAAUAAAUGCUCAUUAAUUCUACGCCUAAUUAAAAGUAACUCAAUUAAUUAUAUCAAAGCCAUUAUUUGCUGAGAAUACUCAAUUAAAACAAAACCUCAUUGAACUUAAUGUUUAUAUAGAGGAAAGGAAAAUGCACCUUUGUAAAUAUUUAUCAGACGUUGGACCUAAUGGAGAGGAUCUUAUUCUUGUUAAGGCAGUGGGGGAUUUAUAAUAGAUUUGCGAUUUAAUUGGAGGUACAAGCAAUAAAUAUUUAGAUGAAAUUAAAAGGCUUCGAUCACAAAUUGUUACUUAAAUAGAAGUUUAGCAAUCUAAUGAAAAAUGUCUCAAGGAAGUUAGAUCAGAUUUACAAAGGGAAACUGAACGGUUCCUAAAUGAAAAAUAACUCCUUAUUGACUAAAAUACAAUAUCUCAAUAAACUCAUAAACAAAUUAUUGAGAAACUUAAAGCUUAAAUCGAUAUACUUGUAAAUUUGCAUCACAUAUGAAGUUAAUGAAAAAUGAAGAUCUUCAAUCUGCAUUAGUAAGAUAAUCAGAAGUAGAGGGUAAAUUGAGAAUCAAAUACAGAUUCUAAUUGGAAGAGGAGAUCAAAACAUUGACACAUUAAUUGAACUAUCUGAAAAUAGCAAAACAAGAAGAGGCUGAUAAGUAUGAUUAAGAAAGAAGAGUUUAUUUAAAAUAAUUAGAAUAAUUUAGUGGGAAAUUGAAAUAAGUGAAAUAGGAUGCUAUAGAUGAAUAUGAAUACAAAUUGGCAUCCCAGAAAGUUAAAUUUGAAAAUCAAAUCAAAGUGUUAAAAUAAGAAAUAUCUGAUUUAAAAUAUUUAAAUACAUAAUUUCUGGAUAAACAAAAGUUAUGGCUACUACAAUAAGAAGUACUGAUUGAUCAAAAGUAUAAAUUAGAACUUCAAAAUAAAGAUUUAAAAAGCGUGAUUUCAAUUCUUGAAGAAAAAUUGAUAAUUCAAGAAGAAUUAAGCAUUUAAGCAUAAAACGAAAUUAAUCAAUAAAAGUAUGUUUCAAUUUUUAGAUAUUAGAUCUGCUAUAAGCGUACUCAAGUAAUCUACAAAUCCAAAGAAAAAGAGUGUGACAGGUACAUAAAUUUAUUCGCAAUCUCCAUAAAAACAAUAAUCUAAAUCUCAAACUCCAGUUUUAGAAACAAGACCUUAAUCACAUUAGCUUUGGUAAAAAGCANUAUAUUAUUAUUAUUAUUAUAUGAUUAAUUCAACAACCUCAAGAAUCCGUGACGACAAUGAAGAUUAAAAUCAUCGCCUCAAAAUUCUUGAAAUAAAUGCUCAUUAAUUCUACGCCUAAUUAAAAGUAACUCAAUUAAUUAUAUCAAAGCCAUUAUUUGCUGAGAAUACUCAAUUAAAACAAAACCUCAUUGAACUUAAUGUUUAUAUAGAGGAAAGGAAAAUGCACCUUUGUAAAUAUUUAUCAGACGUUGGACCUAAUGGAGAGGAUCUUAUUCUUGUUAAGGCAGUGGGGGAUUUAUAAUAGAUUUGCGAUUUAAUUGGAGGUACAAGCAAUAAAUAUUUAGAUGAAAUUAAAAGGCUUCGAUCACAAAUUGUUACUUAAAUAGAAGUUUAGCAAUCUAAUGAAAAAUGUCUCAAGGAAGUUAGAUCAGAUUUACAAAGGGAAACUGAACGGUUCCUAAAUGAAAAAUAACUCCUUAUUGACUAAAAUACAAUAUCUCAAUAAACUCAUAAACAAAUUAUUGAGAAACUUAAAGCUUAAAUCGAUAUACUUGUAAAUUUGCAUCACAUAUGAAGUUAAUGAAAAAUGAAGAUCUUCAAUCUGCAUUAGUAAGAUAAUCAGAAGUAGAGGGUAAAUUGAGAAUCAAAUACAGAUUCUAAUUGGAAGAGGAGAUCAAAACAUUGACACAUUAAUUGAACUAUCUGAAAAUAGCAAAACAAGAAGAGGCUGAUAAGUAUGAUUAAGAAAGAAGAGUUUAUUUAAAAUAAUUAGAAUAAUUUAGUGGGAAAUUGAAAUAAGUGAAAUAGGAUGCUAUAGAUGAAUAUGAAUACAAAUUGGCAUCCCAGAAAGUUAAAUUUGAAAAUCAAAUCAAAGUGUUAAAAUAAGAAAUAUCUGAUUUAAAAUAUUUAAAUACAUAAUUUCUGGAUAAACAAAAGUUAUGGCUACUACAAUAAGAAGUACUGAUUGAUCAAAAGUAUAAAUUAGAACUUCAAAAUAAAGAUUUAAAAAGCGUGAUUUCAAUUCUUGAAGAAAAAUUGAUAAUUCAAGAAGAAUUAAGCAUUUAAGCAUAAAACGAAAUUAAUCAAUAAAAGUAUGUUUCAAUUUUUAGAUAUUAGAUCUGCUAUAAGCGUACUCAAGUAAUCUACAAAUCCAAAGAAAAAGAGUGUGACAGGUACAUAAAUUUAUUCGCAAUCUCCAUAAAAACAAUAAUCUAAAUCUCAAACUCCAGUUUUAGAAACAAGACCUUAAUCACAUUAGCUUUGGUAAAAAGCAGCAAUUGCUGUUAAAAAGUCGUCUAAAGAUAAUUCUAAAAUGACUGAUUCCUAAAAACUCGAAAAUAAUUAUUAAUUAGAAUAAAAAUAGGAUCAAAUAAUAAAUUUAGAGAAAAAUACAAGAAUUUCAAAUGAUUAAUUCAGUUUAUAGAGAAAUUCAAAUCCUGAAGAACUUAAUUAGACUAUUUAAAUAAAAAAGUUGGGUUCAAUCCAAGAAAUAUAAUAUGAGCAUUUUUCAUCAGCAACAUUAUCUUAACGUGCUGAAUAAAAUUUGAAAUUUGUUUAAGUGGCUACACAAACAGAAGAAUAAAUUUCUAAUUAAACUCCAUCAUCAAGAGGUAGGAUCUCAUCUAUUCGAAAAACUAGAUAAUAAUUUGUCUAACAAUAUUAAUUUAAUCAUGCUGAAACUUAAUAUGAGAGCGAAUUAAAUGAUAGUGAUUAUUUCAAUUUUAAAUUAGAAUUACUUGUCUCAUAAUUAUAAAAUAAAAUUUAAAGCACCUAAUCUAUGUGUGAUUUGAAGUUAGAAUAAAAGAAUUAAGACAUUUAGGAUUUAUAAAAUUAAUUAAAAUCUUAGAAAAUUAAUUUUGAUUCCCAAUUAAAGCAAUUUGAAAAUGAAAUAAAUUUAUUACAUAGUGAAGAAUUGGAUUCUAGGAACUUAACAAUUAAAAAAUUGAAAGAAAUCAUAGAUUAAAACAAUGAGAAAAUUAAAGAAUUAGAAGAAACAAUUAACCUUUUUGAAAUAAAUUAAGAAAAUAUUCAUUAGAAAUAUGAAGAUAUUCUAAAUAAAAAGGAUUAAGCUCUUAAGGAUAUCGAAAAUAAAAUACAAGAGAAUAAAUUGAUAGCUGAAUAAGAACAAUCUAGAUUAUUAUAGAUUAAUCAAAGUUAAAGAGAAUAGUUUCAAUUGGAAUUAUAAAACCUAUAAAAUCAACACACUUUAGAUGAACAGAAAAUUUAAUAAGAAAAAAUCAAAUAUUUGGAAGAGAAGGCUACAAUAGAAAAAACAAAAUCAGAUAAUUAAUAAAUGCUUGAAUAAAUUUAGAAAAAGGAAUUUAUUUUGGAUAAUUAUAAAUCUGAAUUGAUUAAAACUAACGAGGUAGUCAAAUACCUUCAAUUAGAACUUGAAAAUUAUAAAAAGUUGAAUAAUAUCUUUAAAUCAAAAGAUGAAAGCACUUCAUAAAUGAUCACACAUGGAUUUUUAUCUUAAGAAGCAUAAGAGAGAAUCAAAUAAAGAUUAUAAAAAUCAAAAAUAUCAAAAGAUAACCCAAAGUUUGGAUUUUAAACUAAAGAUGCCUAUAGCAUGAACUUUUAAAUUUAAAGAAAGGAAAGGAUGAAACAUGCUAAACUUGGAACUUUGAAUACAAGUUUUGACGAUAAAAGCAUAUAUUCGUAAGGUUUUAAAAUCUAUUUAGUACUUAAAAAAAUGUUUUCAGAUUUAAAAUGAUGGAUGAUGAAAGCUAGGGCAUUUUAUAAAUAAACUCAAGAAGAAUGUAAUCAUAAGAUGAUAAAGCCAAUAGUGAAAUUAAGAAAAAACAAAAGUCAUAUAAAUCAAAUCAAAGAGCAAGUUUAUAAUUUAUUUAUUUCUAAUAGAAACCUAAAUUGGUGAUUAUUCAGAAUCAAAAUUACUUAUUUAAGAUAUUUUCGAAAAGGAGAUUACUGUUCUUAAUAGAAGUAAUUAGCUUUUGAGCCAAUUAAAUGAUCAACAAAAUAAAUUUAAGAGCGUUCAUAGCACGUACAACUCUACCAAAAAGAAAUUUAUCUAAAAUCGUUGA